AUGGAGGGCCAUCGAGGACAGCUUAUCUCAACCGGUGUUAUCAAAGCUACAAACGAGACUACUGUGUCGGUGCCACUCCCACCUUCACGGGCACUGCCACCUCCCUUUACUCCUCCAUCAGCCGCAAUGAAUCUAGACCCUGCUGACCACAUGCCUGAAGCUUCAGAACAGCCUAACCCUCCCCAACUCUUGACAUUGAUGGACCAGAAAGAGGUUAUGAAGGAAGUGAAGCAGGUCAUGUGGUGA